AUGUUGUCAAUCUCCGACAGCACAUACCGAAGGGUAUCGUGCCCACCAGAAUUUGAGUUGAUCUAUUCUUACAAGAAACGGAACCGAAAUUACGAGGAGCCGAAACGACACAGCUGGCCACAAUACAUACCUUCUGCAUUGACCUACGAACCACCAAACAGAGAGCUGGUGCAUCGAAACCGGCGCGAGUCGCUGGACAAAGGUCUCCGAAAACUGAACGGCCAUCUCACCGAACAAUGCGACCAAAUCUCCGACCGGCUUGACCAACUAGCCACACCGGCAACAGAAGAGGCCAUGAAGGAAUUUGCAUCACUGGUACGAAUGACUGCCGCCUUCCGCUUGGAGCUCGACCACCUCAGAGCAGCGGCAAGUUGCUAUACCAUACACAUGCUGUCAAGCUUCUGGGUCCAAAGUUGGAAGAUCGUUUAUGAAGUUCAUCGACGCAUUACGGAAGUCGAGCUCUUGCUGGCACAACUCGAUGCAGAUUACCAAUGCAGGCAAAUUGUUCCGAAGGAGGGUUGUGAUGGAGACAAGGAUCAUGCCGGAAAUGAUGAUGGCAAUGGAGAAGGGUCCACACUGCCCAUUGAACUCAUUCGAAAAGCUGAGGAGUUGCUGGCACAACUCGAAGGAGAUCACAAGUCGAGGCAUGUUGGUGGAAACAACUAUAUUCAACCAGAUAUCGGCCUAAUUCUGGAAGCCGAGGAGUUGCUGGCACAACUCGAGGCAGAUGACAACUCGAGACAGGUUGUUGGCAGAGAGGAUUGUGUCGUCAAUGAAUAUGGCGGCGAUGAAGAUGACGACUAUCACCCAGACCGUCUGGAUGGGUGGGCACUGCGGUCAUUUGUAAACGACAUUCACCAAAUUCAGGCCGUCUAUGCUCGCACGUUGAAAUCAAUUCAGGAUUUGAAUUUGUUUGCAUUUACCGAAAAGGACCGAAAAUCUUUGAGACAGGCACCGGAUCCUCCUAAAGACUGA